AUGAUAUUGAAGUCUAGGGACAAGCCUAUCUUGGCAAUGUUGGAGUGGAUUAGGGUUAGACUUAUGACUAGGCUUUACACAAAAAGGGAAGGGAUACAGAAGUAUGCUGGAAAGUUGUGUCCAAGCAUACAAGAUAGGUUGGAGAAAUUGAAGGUUGAAAGUAAGGCAUUUAGUGCUACCCCAGCUGGUAGUUUCCUUUAUGAGGUAGGCAGUCAGUAUGAGAGGCAUGUAGUUGAUUUGGUGAAGAAGACAUGUAGCUGUAGGUCUUGGGAUUUAAAUGGCAUUCCCUGCAAACAUGCCAUAACAGCCAUUUAUACAAACAUUGAGACACCAGAAGACUAUACCCACCCAUGCUACUUCAAAGAAACUUACAUGGAGAUAUACAAGGAGGUACUUCCUCCCAUGCCUGGCCAGUCAGAAUGGGCUGAGACUGGACAGCCUGCUCCCCUAGCACCUCACAUAUACAAACCACCAGGUAGACCACCCAAGCAAAGAAAGAGGGUUUCUGAUGAGCCUAGGAACCCUUACAAAGCAAGUAGACAGAACAGACCUGUAAGAUGUGGGAAAUGCAAAAAGGAAGGGCAUAACUCAAGAGGGUGCAAGGCUAGCAUCACUGGGGAGACAGCAUGGCAGAGGAGACAGAGACUUCAAAGAGAAAAAGCUGCAAGGGAAGGGGUGCCUGCACCUAGAUCUGCACCUCAGCCUGCACCUCAGCCACCACCCCAGCAACCUACCCAGACCUACAACAUGAUGUUUGCCACUCAGCCUUCAUCCUCACAGCAAGGAAAUCAACCUAGGCCAUCUCACAAGAGAGCAGGAUGGUUCUCUUCCUCACAACCAGAGUUUCACACACCUAGGGAGACCUGGGAUACCUUACCAAGUUCUUCACAGGUAACUUAGUCCUGGAUGGUUGUGUAGCUUGGGAUAUUUUUUAACAAGUGGAUCUAUUUUUUAUUUUGUAGCCUUCACAUGCAAGUGGGAGCACUGGUGGUGUGAGGACU